UGUGCCAAAUGCCGCCUGGUUGCCCUGUUUAUUUAACACAUGUUCGGCGCCGCCCCGCAGACGCGCUGAUAUCACGCCGUUGCGUAAUUUGACAAGCCACUGCAAACCAGAGGAGGAUGAGCGUUUGACAGCUGGGUCGCGGGGGAUUGUUGUCGAAGCGAAAAGAAAUCAUAUAUGCGGAAUUUAUUUAGAGAUUUUUUAAUAUUUCUUAGCGAUAUCGGGAGCGUACAGGGGUAUCUGAUCUUUUAAUGGCCGCAGCUGUGACGAAUUCGGUUUGGGUUGCUCCGGGGCAGGACGCGCAGUUUCUCCACAAAACCCACCCAGCAGCGCCGCUGACAUCAUCCGACGGUCUGAAGGGUGAGGAUCAUGGACAAGUGCUUUGUAACGCCAUGCUGGGAAUUUCAUCUUUCCCAGAUUAUAAUCUGGGCAAAGCCGAGAUGGACACGUAUUUACUCCACGAGGCGGUGAACUCGAAAAUGUUUGACCGGGACGGCGCUCCCACGCUGGAGCCGCCUUUCGCCGAAGACUUCGCCUCCUCUUACAGCGUCAACAUGAGCCUGCUCCUUCCUGAUUCAGCCUACCUGCACCCUGGCCUCUGCCGCCCUGCGAGGCAAAUCAAAAUGGAGCCAUCGCUGCACUCCGCCUGCCACGGAGACGGAGCACCAGCCACCCUCCCGGAGUACCUGGGAAUGUUCAAGGCAGCUGACCCUCCAGGUGGCGGCUUUUUCAUCAAGCAGGAAGUGGAGGAAUUCCAAGAGAUUCCCCAGAGUCAGAUGUUGAACACCGAUUUGGAGCAGAGCUCUUUCCCCCUCACCCAGCUAAGCCUUCCGGUUGGGAAUCGACACGUAGGCGAACUGGCACAUGUUUCACAGACUGAAUGUUUUCUGUUUAAUCAGCACCCCGGCCAUCAGUUUAGACCAACCUAUCUGCCACCAUCGCCGCCAAAUUCCGAGCCCCCCAGUCCAGACAGGAGCAAGGAGCUCCUCCACAACGUCUCUCCUCCUCCCUCCUACGAAGCCAGCAUAGCCUCCAAGACAACCCCGCGGACCCACGGCUCCGCUGAUCCCAGGCAGACCUUCAGCGAGCCUUCGAUUCAACACCACGACCAAAACUACGCUCCUGGGUUUUGCCAAAGUUCAGCUGGCGGACCGGUUCAGAACGCCAGCCUGGCACCAGCGCAGGCGACGUCAAGCGUCGGGCCACCGUCUCCCGAGCCGGCCCAGUCUGCUCCGGUCAAGUACAACCGCAGGAAUAACCCGGAUUUGGAAAGGCGGCGGAUUCACCACUGUGAUGUUCCAGGCUGCAAGAAAGUAUACACAAAGUCGUCUCAUUUAAAGGCCCACCUACGGACCCACACAGGUGAGAAGCCGUACCAGUGCUCCUGGGAGGGAUGCGAGUGGCGCUUCGCCCGCUCCGAUGAGCUGACGCGGCACUACAGGAAGCACACCGGGGUGAAGCCUUUCCAGUGCGCCGUGUGCAGCCGGUGUUUCUCCCGAUCCGACCACCUGGCCCUGCACACCAAGAGGCACCAGAGCUAAGGAACCCCUUUAGCUGUACCUGCCCAGUCAUGGAAAAAAUAACGAGGGAAAAAAAAUAGACUGCAGUUCAUUCUAAUUACUCUCAAAGGAUAUAGUUUGAUUUGCUCUGAUCUGACACCAAUUCUUUUUAUUUUUUUUAUUCUGAGAAUAUUAAAUCUGAUUGUUGCCUUACUAUUAUGUCUCCUCAAUGUGAGAUCUUGUCAUUUUUUUCCCCAAGUGUUUUUUUUGAUAGUAUACCAUUUUUGAACAUUUGACAAUUUCUUUUUUUAUAUAUAUAUAUCUGAACUGUUGAUCGUGCAGAUCAUAUCAGCAUUGUUUUAGUUUAUUUAUGAAGGUUUUGUGAUGUCAGCUGAAGGGAAAAGGAUGUUGUUCUAGCCUGAAGGUUAAAGCGUGGUUGCGUAUGUGAACCAUGGAGGAAGUCGGGCGGUUGGGGGGAAAAGCUGCGCACGCAGGAUGGAUAUAAGAGAACGUGUUUUUGGUGUGAUGAGCACAGAUUGUGUCAUGCGCGGCCUGUGCAUUGCUCAUAGCAUUACUUUAAUACUGCCAGGUUCAAAAUACUUUGAAUCGAAAGAGCGUUGUUUGUGAGAAGAUCCAUUGUUUUUCUCUCUCUCUCUCUCUCUCUCCUGUAAUAAAAUGCUGAUGUUUGGUUUUGGUUGCCGAUGGUUUCAUUUAGUAAGCGUGAGAGCAGCAAGGGAAAAAAAUAUUUGCCUACUCAAAGAUUGCUUCCACUUAUUUAUUUAUUUUAUUUUUUUUGUCAUACUUGAAUGUUUCAGAUCAUCAAACAAAUUUUAAUGUCAAAGGUAAUCUGAUUAAAUACAAGGAGCGUUUUUCAAAGGUUAAGCUGUUUUCGUAUUUGUACCUGCUUUGCCAACACAUAUUGCCAGUUCAUCGCAAGGCAGGGCAGAACGGAGACACACCAGACAAACAGCCGUCCACGUGCACACUCCCUUCUAACGGCGAUUUCGAGCAAGUUUGUUGCUCCGUCUUUAGAGUAAAAAGUGCUGAAAAGUUUCAUCAAUUAAAGUAACACUGGUCCUAGCAUGAUAUGUGCAUCAUGUUGAGGCCUGAGCUUUUAUCGGUCCAUCCGAUCUCCUACCCGUGAAUCUGUUGGAGUAACUUUUCUGUUACAGGAUCAGCUUUUGGGGAGGCUUUAGCUGUCAGGCAUAUGACCUCACUCAAUACAGGGGCUCUAAACAUUUAAGAGUUUAAAGCCAGCUCAAAGAUUGUAAGGUGCCUUUGGCUGCAAAACAAGCUACAGCUUGAUAUGAUGCGUGUGUUCUCAUCAAAGGGCUUUAUUUACCUGGCUAUGUGACCAAGGUGAGCAUCCGGUAGUUACUUAUACACUGCUCUGAUGCACGAAAACAGAAGGAUGGAUUUGUUCUUUAAGGUGACCUGCAUCAUGUCAAAACGAAAGUACGCAACAUCAUCUUGUCUGUUCAAGUCUUUCAGUUUGAGCUGGAAUUUCCUCCACGCCGCACCAUUAUUAGAACCAGUUUGAUAGCAAUUGUGGCAAACACAACAAGAUGUCCUCGUCUUUGUUUACAGUGCGUGGAAAGUGUGCUUGUGACAUGAGUCAUUGAGAAGGUGCCGACAAAGGGUGCCAAGAAAAUCCGCUCAAGCCUCAGAAGGUGCCUGAGCUUGUUCUGAGAGUGGAGAAAGUUGCCUGCAUGUAUGGACGACUCAAAGCAGUUUUUUUUUUAACCAUUACCUGAAACUCAACAUGAUCUUUACAGCACGUCUAGGAGCUGGUAAAUCGUAAAGGUGAAAUACUACAAGCGAGAAGUAUUUGUGGGUUUGGAAGAGUUGGUAAUUAUCUUAUUUCUCUAGCGGUUGACAAAGUCACUCCUCCGGAUCCAAUUAUAAAAGAGCCUGGUACAGGAUGUUCAGGGUGUUUCUUCUAAACUGUACCCUGUUCUUAGAAACUGCAUUCGCUUCAUGCACGGGUAGGAGCAUACCAGGUCUCAAAAUAUCCCUCUGUUGGUGCUGGAUUAUAGCGACAAAGCAAUGCGGUUUUAUUCCGGGGAACACCGUGUUUUCCACGGAAGCUUGAAAACAUAAAAGCAAGAAUGUGACAUCCAAACAGUUUUUGCUCUCGUGCAUUAAAAAGUAGACAACACCUUAUGUCAGCUAUAGUUUUAGCUUUGGUGGCAAUGGUGACCAGAAGCGGACGGAUUUUUCUUCUGCCAUUUCCAAUUCUGAUAUUUAAGAUUCAGGCUUGCUGAAAUAUUUGCCUUUUUCUUUUACUGUUUAAUCAAUUUAUGCAAUAUUACUUUUUUGUCUUUUGCAAGUUUUUUUUCUAUCCGUAAUUGAAACGUCUUUCAAAUGAGGCAUGUGGAGUUGUCGGCUGAAUCGUGCUGGUUGACCAGUAGCUUGUGACACACCCAGAAUUAAUGUGCUUCUUUCUCUGAGUAUAUUUACUUGUAAAUUUGGACAUUUCCUUCUCUGGGUCGUUUUCCUGCUGUUACAGUAUUAUUGCACAGUCAAGAUGCCGUUGAUUAGGACCGACAUAAGAUCUGUUUAAUGUAUAAAGCUCAGUGUACCAAAGUGCUGUAAGUGGAAAAUAUUCAGCCAAACAGUGUAACGCUCGGUAUGCAUCCCGUUGCAUUGGACGUAAAACUCACAAACCAUUUCAGAAAAAAGAGUAGCAUGCAGACAUUCAAACACGGUGGUGGUUGUGGGAUGUCCUAGCUCUGGUUUCCCGCUUUAGGAACAUGAAAACCAGCAGGUACACGUCGGACUGGCUUAAAAAAGGAGCUCCUGGUCUGGUCUGGCCUAGUCAAAGUCUGGAAUUAAAAUCAUAGAGUCAGGUGUUUUUGAAUAGUUUAUUCCUCCUAAUCAACAAAGUCAUAAAUUAAAACCUGCUUUUUGUAUUGGU